CCCUCCUGCCAGAUAAAAGCCAGCAAGGCAGCCAAGCCGAACCUCACUCUUCACACAGUCCUCUCCCUCUCUCUCCCUCUUCUCCUUUUCCAUGGCAAUGCCCAUCCUCCUCCUCUCCUUCUUCCUCCUAAUCUCCUCCUCCUACGCCAACAAGUACAACGUCGGCGACGAGAAAGGCUGGAACCCCGGCGUCAACUACACUCUCUGGGUCAACAAGCACCGUCCCUUCCAUGUCGGCGACUGGCUCGUGUUCUACUACCAGUCCGGCAUGGCCGAUGUCGUGCAAGUCGACGAGACGGCCUACAACAAGUGCGAUGCGUCUCACCCGAUCUCUAAUUACAGCAAGGGAAGGAGCUACGCCUUCGAGCUCAACGAGACUAAGCGGUAUUACUUUAUAUGUAGCUAUGGGUAUUGUUAUCAGGGCAUGAAGGUUUCCAUUCUCGCGCAUCCCCUUCCUCCCCCUUCCCCUCCUCCGUCCGAUGAUCAUUCUGCUGCUCCUCGCGCGGGGAUUAUUUCCAGUUCUAUUGUUGGCUUUGCCAUCGCCGCUAUCCUUCGGUUUCUGUUUUGAGUUAUUUUCAGUGAGUGAUUUUGUAGGUUUCUUUUUCUUAAACUGUUUAUUCUUGUUCCUAGGGUUUGGAUUUGGUCUGAUUUCUGAUAUUGUUUUUUCCUUUAAUUUUACAUUUGAACUUCUGUUCAAAUCCAAGUGUGCUUCCGAUUUGACAUUAUAAGCUUU